CCAAGGGCCCAGGUGAUCAGCUUUAAACUCUGCUUUCUUUGCCCCUCCAGGUGACUGGAAUCUCUCUCUCGCUCUCCCAGAACAAGUGGCCAGACAGAUAUUCUUCAGCACACACACCUAACCUCCCUUUACCUGACACCUGUCUUAGCAGGGAUGAGACACUUCUCUGUGACCUUAACUCUUGGCCUUCGAUACUUGGUGGAAGUCUGAACCCCAUGUUCUCUGUCCCACGGCCAGUGGAUAUGGCCCAAGUGGGUGAACUGUCUAGUCCCCAUCUCUUGGGGGUCCUCCUCAAUGUCUCUGGUAAGCUCCUGCCAGUUAGCACUAACCCAUUCCUCUUCUGCUGGCUGAUCUCAGCGGCACUGGUGUGUCCCUGCUCACUGGCUGGAGCCUUGUCCACCCUUCUUCUGGGUUUGGGAGAUCCUUGGCUCCUCUCACCCCAAGCCUCCAUUUCCUUCCCAUUUUGCUGAUGGAGUGAAACCCAUCUCCAAGCCCAGUUCCCCCUCAAAAGGGCUGAAUCUGCUCUUUCACUCAAGUCUUUGUGUCCCAAGUCCUCUCUGGAGCCACUGACGUCACGCUGCCACUGCCCAUAAAAGUGGCAGUGGUCACCCCAUUGCUCAACUCUGGGCUCAGGACAUCUUCUAGGAGGUCAGGGAGAGGGCAACAACUUGGUGGUCUCCACAGGACAGCAGUGAGUGUGCUCCACGCGGGGAGAAGAUGGUGGCCCUUCCCGGAACGCUCCCGACCCUGUUCCUGCUCUGGUGGGCCUCCGUGUCCACCCAAGUCUCUUCGAUGUCCUUGCCACCAUACCCAGCACAGGGGGUAUCUGCCAAGGGCCCUGCGCGUACCAAAAUUACGAUUACACCUGGUGCUGGCAGGAUGGGGCUACCAAGAAGAAAUGGGGUUACUGCUCUCUGAAGAACGGGCUGGAAUACAAGGGUCGCCACUGUGCAUCGCCUUGCGACUUCUGGGGCGAGAGCUACCGAUUCUGCCACUUACAGGAUGGUUCCUGGGGCUACUGUGGGCUGGUCACCGAGGAGGUGCACCUCGAGUUCUCCCUGAACCACCAAAUCUGCACCUCGGCCUGUCGCAUGAGCGGCGGCAGCUUCAAGUGCAUCACGGCCCGGGGCCACGAGGCUUGCACCCCCUUCUCCGACAUGACCAGCUCCGGCCUCCCCGCCACCCCAACUUCCGCUGCAGCCGUUACGGCCACCGCGGAGCUGCGCUGCCACACGGACAGCGACGGGGAGGGCUGGGACUACUGCGGGUCUAGGAAAGACACCUUCUGCUCCUGGAAGGUAGGGGAGUCGCCCAAGAACUGUACCCUCGGCCACCUGGGUGGGAAGGAUCGGGUCACCUUCCACAGGGAGGUGCAGGAGGAUCUGAAGAAACCGACCCGGGAGCAGUUCCAGGAAGCCGUGCGCCUCAUCGACAGAAUCAACUCGUCCACCUUCCUCCCGGCCGCCGAGGAGACUGCCUCGGUGCAGACGCAGCAAGUGGACGAAGACGACUGCAAUGGCCUCGACUACACCAAGCUGGAGUUGCAGGUGGACUGGCUCUCCAACCCCAAAACCAUCGCCCGGGUGAUCUUCCCCAGGCAGCUGAAUGAGGUCGGCUUCCUCCGGCUGGCCCUCUACGCCAGCCUACACAGCGCCUUCUACAAACCCGGCCAUGCCAUCCUCCUUUCCCUCUGGGAUAACCCGGACUGUUCCUCCUUCUUCUAGAGAGGGACCCCGCCCUUCCCUCCUGCCCCCACGAUCCACCUUGGCUGGCUCGGGGCCAAGGGAGAUGUGAUUCCCGUAGGCCUCCUGCAGCUGAGCCUUGGCCCCAGAUCCUCCAGCUCCUCCUAUCUCUUGCCUCUGGCCCUCUCUCCUCCUUUUCAAGGCCCAAAAACCCGCUCUGGUCAGGAACCUACCCCCACCUGCCCUGCAGGAGGAAUCUUGAUGGGGGACGGGCCGCGGGGAUGAUUUCUCUUCAGGGCCGGAUGACUGUCCCUAGUGAUUGCUUGUUACCUUCUUGUCCUCACAACAAUUAUAUUCAUGCCAACGUGC